CGGGCGAUCGCGUGUGACGAGUCGAUGCCGUCCAACCAUCCGUUCCCCACCAUCCCUGCCGCUCCUUUCUCCCGGCCAGCGUUCUUGAGUGUCUGCUUUGGCCUUGUAUUCAUUCAAUUCGAAUAAUGGCUGAUUCACUAUCGCAGAAAGCACGACAAAAUGAGGCUCGAUGAGAGAGACCCCAGGAGACCCGUCCCGCGUCCAAGCAACGUGGGACCUGGUUCUCCCAAUCGCCUCUACAGCAACCUGGAUGAGGCGUACCAAGCCAUCACUGCUCGGCUGCUCUCGUCGGGCAGCAGUGGAACUGAUGAGCACGAAACUCAAGUUCCCCCAACGCCCUCCCCCAGCCCACCUCUGUCUUUCGCGUCGUCCGAAGGCGUGAUUGACAAUCAGCGAGACUUGGCGUUUCUUCCCGCGCCCGCGAUGCCGGGUACUGGUGGCUUCAAUGCCACUGAAGAUUCUGUUCCUGGCUCUUCCGCCCUUGCCCCUCCGACAGCUUCCCCCAGCCACAAUGGUGCUGCCGAAGAUGUCGAAGAUACCCUGAACGGCGACGUGCAGGGCAACGCUGGAGAUGUGGUCGCCAAUGGCGAGCCUUCGAAUACGGCAAGCAGCCUUGAGAGCAUCUACAACUGUUAUGUGCCGUCCGCAUCGGCUGGGUCCUUGCCGUCGGCUCAAAUCCCUGAUAGCACCAAGGCCAAUUCAGAGUUUUCGUGCGGUGAGAACUUGGCCCCUCCCCCGGUUCCGCCCAAGAGCCAGAAACGGCGCCAGGUGUGCACCCCACCUGGCAGUUUUGCUCAAAGACCUUGGCUUGAGCCCGCCAAUGCUACCAAAGUUUGCAAGACUGAAAAGCAUUCGGAAAAAGCUGUCGGCGAUGAGGAUCAGACUGCUGUUCGCCGCGACCAGGAGGAUCCCCGGCCCAAAGCUCACCAGGAACCCUCCAUUAGUCACGACGAGGUUCCUCUGGGCAAAUCCUCUGCCAAGGCCCAGGCCUCUGACUCUGACGAGGAUCCCUUUGUGUACGACCGUGCCCCUUACUCCAGCUUUCUGAAAGCAUCCAGGGAAAGGGAGGUUAGCGUUGCUCUUCGCUGCGCGGCCGGCCUCAGCGAAACCGGCAGCAUCUACAUAGAAGCAGAUGAGGAUCGCUCGCCAGAGACGCUGGAACACAACCGUCCAAUCCCGCCGGAGUCAUUGGGGCCAGUCAACACGCCGGUGCAGAUGGUCGACGACGAGGCGCAGGACGACAAUGCGCUUCCCGAUGUGGAUCUUCAAGACGACGUCGAGUUGGCUAGGAUUAUCGCCCAACUCCCGGCCUUUUCAGAGCAACCAGCCGCCAAUGAGGAUCAGGCUGUGCAGAAGUCAGACGGCUUUGCUCUUGUGAGACAGCCCGAAACUCUUGUAAGCGACACAGGUGAAUGGGAGACGGUCGCUACUAGUGUAGGCCCGGAUAACAGUCCUCGUGAUUUUACCCCGGACAUUGUCCUGGGACGAACUUUCCCAGUGAAAAUCGCAGGAAGUAGCCUCGCAGGCUACUCAGAUGGAGAGAGUCUGUCGGAGCUUCCUUCCGAGCACCCUUCCGAGCAAUUUACAUCGACACUGGAAAUGCUGCCGGACCCUGAUCCUACCUCUCGUCAGUGCAAGAGCCUGAAGAAUACUUGCCCCGCGGACUUUCCAGCCAGGCCACGCAUUCACCGUGUCAACGGCUACCUCCAUAAAGCUGCCCGCCUUUUCACGGAUCCCCCGUCCGGAGACAGCAGGAAAUCUUCAAGAACGCACCAAAUUAUGGAGAGGCUCGGUGCGUCUAUUCGGUCGCGCUUCACUGGCGAACGUGAGCAGAAUCGGCAGAGUUCCGACAAUGCGAAGCCCUUGUCCAAUUUUAGGACUCGGGAUUCGUUUGGCUGGUUCGAGAUGGAGGAGAUGGGUGGCGAUUGCCGUGAAAGUGAAGAGGAAGCGCGUGUGAAGCCGAACACGUCCAUUAACAGAAAGAGUGAUUGUGUAUUCGCCGAAACAGGCAAGCGAUUUCCCGCAGCCCCUUCCCCGGGAGACUCCUUCCCCAACUUUCCGACGCGCUUUGACGACUCUGAUCAGGGCAGGAUGGAACAGCCGGCCAAAACGCUGUUCAGUUUUCAGCUGAUUAGUUUGGAGGAGGCUGCCCGGCGCCAGGCGCUGAAGAUUGAGGACGGUGAGGACGAUCCGAUCUUUAACACCGGUGUGACGACCGGGAACAAUUCUAGGAUAGGUCUUAGUUCGUGGAGGCAAACCGGCCGAACCACUCUUCUCACGCCUCCCACGCCGAGCAUCACCAAGCCGCGCCCCGCUCACUGUCGACCUGGUCACAGCCGCCAUCCGACCUCAGUCGGCCUGCCCACUGCGGCUUCUCCUCCUGCCCAGCCGACAAUCUUUCCGCCGACCACUGCUCCUCUCUUUACCCAAAACAAAAUUCUGCAGCCGACCACAACUUCUCGUACCCAUACCAAAACUGAGCGGUCGACCACAAAUCUUUCUCCUACAUCGCCCAGAAUCGGGAUUCCAACCACCAUUCUUCCUUCUACCCAACGUAGAAUCGUGAUGGUCCCUUCCGAGGAGAUGUUCUCCAACCCGCGCAUCCCACCGCCUACCCAGGACGGGCCUACCAUCUCUCGCAGCUCCCUGCGGAGCACCUUGAGCCUUGCCAACGUGCCGGUUCUCCCCGACAGAGCCUGGACCACACCGCGCCUCUACCCCAAGCCUCGCCGCAACUACAAUUACCGUCAUCAGUCCAACAACCCCGGACAGGCCCACGGCAUUAAUUGGGACGACGAUCCCCACGGCGACGAUUACCUGUCGCCCGAGGCGCGCCAGCAGCGUUGGGUCUACUUCUUCUUCAUGUGCGGCCUUCUCAUUCUGCCCUUUUUCUUUCCGCUCAUCUACCGCGGUGUGCUGGACCCGUUGCUGGUGUACCUGACGCAUGGCGAGGCGGAGCGGCUCAGUCGCAAACAGCGCAAAAUCAUCUUGGUGCUCGGCAGCGUCAUUUCGGUGGCCUAUGUCUGCUUUCUCACCUUUAUGAUCACCCUCGCUGCUCUGCACAAGUAUUAGGGCUAGGGCGGUAUGCGGGUCCCUGCCGAGGGCUUGACACACGUACAGCAGCAGUGCGGGUUACUUUGCCAGAUGGGCAGCAAAGGGAUGGGUCAUUUAUUCGUCUCUUCUUCUUCCUCUUUUCCAUUUGCCUUCAUGUAUGGAAGGGCUCCGAAAGAGGCUUGCCACUGCAUGCACGCCUUCUGCUGCGCGCCCCAACGACGAGUUGACGAGUUGACGACUUUCACGGCUUUCGAUUUGACGACUUACAUGAUGGCUGGGGCAACCCUAUUACAAUGAUCUCUGCGCCUCUCUGCGACGUUCUCUCAGGACACGGACUAGGAAUGGCGGCAAUCACGGUCAUGGGCGUGUACACGGAGACAUAAGGUCGGUCAGGAUGGA